AUGGCGGACGACUUGAGCGACCCACUGCGAAGACUGCAGGUCCUCAAGCGUGACCUGGCCGCACUUGCAGACUCACGCCUACCAAACAUCGAUCGACUCUCCAUACAGCUUGACGCAAGCACACAAGAUUUGAGAAGGCUGCUAGAGAGGAACAAGAGAAAGGAUAGCAGCCGCCAGGCUUUGCGGUCAAACACCAUCAACAUCGACGAUGUGGAAUACCAGAUCACCGAUCAAUUCCGACAAGGCGCUAUACAGGUGGCAGACGAGCUGGAGCUGGAUGAGAUCGAGGCCGCGAAGCUUUGCCUAGAAGUCUUGGAUUCGGACGACGGAAGGCAAGACAGCGAUGCGCUGUGCAUGCGCGCCGUGGUGCGAUUUCAUUACCGCCGCGAAACUCUCCUGGACUGUCUCCGCAUGAUCCUGAGACUGGGCAACGAUCCCGACAGCGAGGAAGAGCAUGCCGAAGCCUUUCGUGCCGCCGCCAGAGAACUCAUUCAAGGGCCACGAGGUGGACAAAAUGAGUGCUCGGCAUACUGGAACAAAUGCUUAGAUGGGCUGGUUGAUAUCGAACAUUACCUCAAGAAGGUCGCAGAUACCAAAGACAAGCUGUCGGUCGUUGGUCGUGGCAUAUCUAUCGAGGAGAACGACUGCCUGGUGACGCAGCGCUUCUUCCUGACCAGGCAGCACGAGUCGCUUGCUGCGGUCCUUUCAUACCUAAUCAGCGGUGACUUUGUUCAGCCCCAGGACUUCACCCGCUUCGUCAAUCAUGCUUCAUCUCUCGAAUCUGCCUUCGAUAUCACGAUACAUUACCUUCCCGUGCUAUGCACCGGUGCCUCGAAAUUCGCAUCCGAGCACAUGACGGACGCAGCGGCCGUCGGCGAGCUUCACAGGCUGUUUACUGAAAGUCAGCACCAGUGGAAACAGCCUGCUUUCAAAGCUGCUGCUACGGUCUGCUGGCUGGCGGAGUACAAUGCGAGGUUUGCCAACGGCUACAUCGAUCCAGGCCAGGCUCAAGCAGAGCGCCAGCGAGACGACGCAGCUCGAUCGGAGCUUUUCUUUGCUACAUUGAGAAACAAAGCAUUUCACUUCAUCUUGGCUGCAGCGGCCGCGCUCAAACCUGUCGUCUGGCACGAUCCUGCCCGCACCUCCAUCAUCAGCCAUCUGACAGACUCUGCGCUAGUCAUGUCGUCUGACGCUCCGCGUCCAUCGGAUGAAUUUUCGGCGUUUACAAUGAGUGAGCUGCGAAUGUUUACAGAGGCAUUGGUUGAGAAUAUGCAUGAAAAUCUUCGGUCUUUGAGAGAAGACGAAGAACACAGGAGACGGGUUCUAUUCUCCUCAAUCGACGUCUCUCCUCAGAACGAUCUCGAAAUGGAGCGCUUCAUGGCAAUCAUGGCUUGUACCUACCAAGACGACCCAUCGGCAGCCGAACACUUCUGGUCUGACCGGGGAGGUAAUUUGUAUGGAUUUCUGCGAUGGGUCUCAUCACGUCUUACGACGCCGGGAGUGUCUGCCUGCUGUCUGCUGUUGAGGUCCAUGGCGUCGGAUGAGAAGUCCGCAAAUAACGUACACCGCUUCCUUCUGGAAGAUACGACGAUGGUCUCCGGCAAAUUGAGGAAAUCGUCUGGCGUCAGUUGGUCUCUAAUAUUCAAGGAGCUAGAACUGUACGCCUCAAGUGUGAAAGAACAAGUCUCAGUACCCGCGCAAGCGUCUUCACAGGCGCGGGCAAGUGGGGAGCUGUUGUAUGAGGGAGAAGACACGUCCAUCAUGUUGGACGCAUAUCUAGGACUGACGGCUUGGAUCUGCCGCCGGAGCUCGGAAGCGAGAAACUUCCUUCUGAAUCCACAACAGACCUUUCACAUCGGCGAUACUAUGUUUCAACUGGCACGGACUGCGCACACGACCCGACUUCAGGCGUGCUGCCUCGACGUGCUCUCAGCGCUACUCACUAACAUGACACUCGAAGUCCGAAAUGGCGUCUGGGCUUCGCUAGACACUUGGAUAUCAAGUGGCGGCCUCGAUGGCUCGUCAGCACCACGAGCUCUCGGCAGGACCCAAUACUCUGCAAAGCAUUAUCUUCAAUUGUACGCAAACAGCGCGGAUUCGGCCGCGUCCAUGGUCGGCCUCCUCAACAUGCUGGUCACUCCAAUCAGAACCUCUCAGGACUUUUCGAUAGACCCGCUCCCCUUCCCCGAGACUCUCGGAGCGCCGCAUCGCCACGCGGGCAUUGAUGCCUACGUUGAUUUCGUCCUGGGCGGAGUCUUUGCUCGUAAACUCAUAGAGAUGCAGCAGAAUUGGGAAAUCAAUCUUACUAAUGUUGUCCGAUAUGAAUGCCUCCGCUUCGCCUUGGCGUGCUUGUCCAGCUUCGACGAAGACUUGAUUCUGCUCGCGAAUACCACCAGUGUGAGCGUCGAAUCAGCCAUUGAGACAAAGUCUCUCGCUGCAUAUGCUCGACUACAUCCCUUCGCACGAGUGAUGGAAUGGCUUUUCAACAGAGACGUUUUAGAAUCUCUGUUCGCCACCCUCUAUCAAAACACCGAUGCGCUCGAUACGGCAGAAAUCGGGUCUCCCUUAGUCCAAGGAACGCUUUUAAGCCUCCGGGUAUUGGAUCUGGGAUGGAAGUUGCAGCCAACAUAUUUCGAUAUCGUUCGACCUUCCAUAGCAUCUCAGGCUACGAAGAGCCCUCCCGUGAGCCCUUCGUGGCCCUCACUGGACGAAGCACUGCUCACGCACCUAUCUGCUAUCUCUGUGCUUGCUCAGCUCACGGCCAGCCAACACGUCGAACUCAGCUUCGCAUCCAUCUCAUUGUUAAGACGGGUCUGCUCCUCCCGGAAAAUAUCACUAACCACCAUUACGAACGAGUAUGGUGCUCAGCAGAACCGAAUUUUGAGCUUACUCGCUCCGCUGGCAGCUCCGUUGACCUUGCAGCUAUCAGAGAGCUUCAUUCUAUACGACUGGGACUUGGAAUGUGGUGAUAUACCUGUCAAGGUCAGCAAAGCGGAUGCUGUUCUGCACUUGCUAAAUGCCAGCCUGGAUGCUUCGGAAGGCCGACCGUGCGUGGCGCAUUGCUUGCUUGGUUUCCAAUGCCGCGAGCGUGGCGUUGAAGUCCAUACCCAAAGUCCAUUCAACCACGCAAAGUCACUUUUCCACUCGAUUGUGACCUGCGCUGCCACAAGCCCUGUCAUAAGCGUCUCAUCGGGCUAUACUUCAUGGUUGUUGUCAUUGAAGCGACAAUGUCUUGGGGUUAUCUUGAAGCUAGCCGUGUCUCCUUUGACAGCUCACCUGGUGCAGCCAGAGCUCAAGCACAUGGAGUUUCUUGCAGCCCUGUCUUUACACAUGAUGUCUGCUUCCGCAAGUACGCAUUGGGACAACAUGCCGCUGCAGGAUGAUAUUCUAUACCAUAGCUCUGCCGCCGCCUUGCGCGACUUCAUGCGCGUCCGCGAAGCUUACUUCCAACUAUAUGCGAUUCACCUACGCGCUGCUGCAAACACCGGCUCAUAUUCGAUCCGUGAGAAGAUCAUUAGUGCGCUGUUGGGCACGAUACAACACCCUACUGGGGAACAGCAGUCAACGAUUUCAGUCUUCGACCUCGUCGAUUUCUUCGAUCUCGGCCUGCCAGUCCUACCGGCCGAUCUUCAGACGACAUACUUCGACGGUAUCGGCCCCAUCAGCUGUGAAAAAGACGACAGCGAGCCCGGGGAAACUCUCGAUGUCGCGCUGUCCCAGAAGUUACUCGUAUUGCGCAAACGGGAACUCAAAGAAAAGGGCGUUAUCAAGGACAGCGCUGAGGAGGAAGCGGCUGAUCAAGAGCUUCAGUGGACGGUGAUUGUUUGGAAAGGUAAGAACAGCCUUGCUACCAUUCACACCGCACGUUUGGGCGCACUGGAAGCGUGGACCGAACUUCUUUCUUUGGUGAUCACCAGAGGCGGCCUCUCGCAAGGAGACAUUGUUGGACUAGCCCUUCAGGGCCUUCUUGUGGUGCUCCCCAAGUUUGAGAAGGCCCUUGCCGAAGAGUUUCUGGACGCCGUGGCUUUUCUUGCCAAGCUCACCCUGACAUUUACCUACGCCAUCAGCCCGGCCUCUCACGACUCGUCAGAACAGACUGCCAAUGUGGCAAUUGAGCGCCUGCUUGCAGUCUUCCGAGUUUCUCUGAAGGUAAUCACCUCCAGUGAUUCCGACUUGGGCCUGCGAGACGUAUCUUAUCGGACCUGUUGCGCCGUCCUCGCCUCUGUGCCUAAAGCGCGCAAAAAUGGUAGAGCUACACCCGCAGCGAGCGCAAGACAAUUGUUCCAGCUCGUUCAGAGCGCAGGCGAACGCGCUUUUGCGGUAGUCACCGAGGACUCGUUCUCCGACCGAGGCGUCACUCGUGUCUCCGCUUUACUCUUCUUGGAUAGCCUGAUCGCCUUGUUUCAGAGCCUCAAGGUCAACACUGCUUUGAUUAGGAGCCUGGUGAAGCUCAACUUCGUCCCUGUGCUUAUCGACAGCACUAUUGGGCAUGUUGCUCGCGCUUUCAGCGGUGAGGAUGAGAUGGUGACGACGUUGUCGUACUUUCAUACUGCGCUAGCUCUGAUGUUACGCCUGUGUCAGACCACUGACGGAGCGCAGCUCGUCCUCAACUCUGGUCUCUUCGCAGCAAUCGACGACAGCAAACUCUUCGCUACCGAUCCGGACAUUGGCCUGGACAUUGAUAAUCCAAAGGCUCUGGAAAAGUUUUACGCAAUCCUGGCCGACAUGCUGCGCGUCAUCACAGCUGCAGUGGUGCAGAAGGGUGUUCAGCCUGGCAGAGAUUUUCUUGCGAGAAAUCGGUUCACCAUUCAGGCGAUCUUCAAGCAGGCGUCCAGAGGUCACGCCCUGGACGUCGCGGAUGAGUUGGGAAAGCUGAUGCUAGCAACGGGCUAUCUUGAAGUGAGUAGCAUGCCUGAAUAUUUCUUUCUACCGAAAUGCUAACAGUCUUGCAGGAUGACCAAGCGGCAGUUGGAGGCGUGAUGACGAACGGCUUCUCAUGA